AUGGAUGGAACCAAUGAUAGCACUCAAGGAAAUUUCAUCCUUUUAGGAUUUUCUGACCAUCCCUAUCUGGAGAGGAUCCUCUUUGUAGUCAUUUUAAUUGCAUAUCUCCUGACCAUUGUGGGAAACACCACCAUCAUCCUGGUGUCCCGGCUGGACCUCCAGCUCCACAGCCCCAUGUACUUCUUCCUCACCCACCUCUCGUUCCUGGACCUCAGCUUCACCAGCAGUUCAAUCCCCCAGCUGCUCUAUAACCUGAGUGGACAUGACAAGACCAUCAGCUACACAGGCUGUGCCAUCCAGCUCUUUUUGUUUCUGGGUCUGGGUGGUGUGGAGUGCCUGCUCCUGGCUGUCAUGGCCUAUGACCGGUUUGUUGCAGUCUGCAACCCACUGCACUACCUGGUGAUCAUGAAUCCUCACCUCUGCAUGGGAUUAGUGUUGGUAGCCUGGGGCGGUGGGGUGGCCAACUCCCUGGCCAUGUCCCCAGUUACCCUGCAUUUACCACGCUGUGGGCACCACACUGUGGACCACUACUUAUGUGAGAUGCCUGCCCUGAUCCGGAUGGCCUGUGUCAAUACAACUGCCAUUGAGGGCACUGUGUUUGUCCUGGCAGUGGUUAUUGUGCUGUCACCCCUGGUGUUUAUCCUGGUCUCCUAUGGCUACAUCAUAAGGGCUGUGUUACAUAUUCAGUCAUCAUCAGGAAGGCAAAAGGCCUUCAACACCUGUGGUUCUCAUCUCACAGUGGUCUCUCUGUUCUAUGGGAACAUCAUCUACAUGUACAUGCAGCCAGGAAACAGCUCUUCCCAGAACCAGGGAAAAUUCCUCACCCUCCUCUAUAAUAUUGUCACACCACUUUUAAACCCUCUGAUCUAUACCCUCAGAAACAGAGAGGUGAAGGGGGCACUAAGGAGGCUGUUGCUAGGUGACAGAGAGGUACAAAAGAAGUAA